UGCACUUUCAAAUAAUCAUCAUAUGUCAACAUUCAGAUUAAUUUUAAUCCAGAAUAUUGUGUCGUUGUCUAAGCAAUUUGAUUUCCACAUUCUUUGUGUUAUAGACUUAUAUUCUAUCCAUAAACAUUUACACACAAACGCAUAGUUGACCGUUAAGAUCAACACAAACCCAUAGUGAAGUUUUCGAGAGAUAUGUAUGUGACCAGGCCUAGUUCUCUCUUCUUGAAGUCUCCUGAUUCUCUUUUAUUACCACCUGAGGGUCCAAAUUCUGGCUAUUUAGUUCUUCAAGAUGAAGAAUCGGAGACCCUUAUGUGUUUCGGAUUGUGCAAGGACCCUUACCUCCAAGAUCUGCCAUUUCCUCAGAACAAGGACCUAACUGUUAACUACGGAUCAGAUGAUGAAGAUGCUGCCUUCAUUCCAGUUCUUAAUCAGCCAUUGUCUUCCAAUCAAUAUUACGCAAUAAAGCCACAUGGGAGGCAUAAAGGGGAAGCAUAUACUUGUUCAACUGAGGACGACAAGAUUACCUGCUGUUUCGGCAAAAGUGUUCAAGAUGUAAAGCCAAGGCCAUUAAAUCCCCACGACAUGUAUCAGCCAUUUGAGAUUUUUCUUUACUCCAGUGAUGGGGGUAGUUUCUAUGCAAAAUCUGUUGCACCAGAUGGGCAUCCUCCAUACUUCUUGAGGAGAAAAGGGUGGAAAGUUUGUACCAAAACCCCCAAAAAUUAUGAAUUGGGUGAAGCUCCAGGCCUCGACACUGCCCUUCGUGCUCGCCUUCCAGAAUUCAACUUCCCUUUAGCAUGUAAAAUUUCUGAAGCUGUCACCAUUGGCAAGUGGUAUUGUCCUUUUAUGUUUGUCAAAGAGGGAACUUUGAAAGAGCAGAUGAAAAAAUCUAUGUUCUACGAGAUGACACUCGAACAAACAUGGGAGCAGAUUUUCGAAUGUGAGAACAAUUAUCGCGAAGGAAAUACUAUGUCUGUCAAUGUUGUUGUUGUGAAAGAAGUCGUCUUAGUUGCUCAAAGGGAAGCUGUGUGGGAUGAGAGAGAAGUGGUUGAUGGGGCAAUUUGGUUUACAGGUUUUGGUGGUGUAGGAGAAGAUUUAAGAGUGGGCUUGAGUUUACCAAUUGUUGAGAGGAUGAAAUGGGAGCAAGAAAGAGCUGGGUGGAUCGGUGGGGAAGAAAGGCAAAUGAGGGUGAAGAAAGUAGAAGAGUUUGGAGGGAAUGGUGGGUGGAGAAGAUUUGGUUGCUAUGUAUUGGUUGAGAAGUUUGUGUUGAAAAGAAUGGAUGGGAGUGUGGUCAUGACCUACUCUUUCAAUCACACACAUCAGAUUAAGAGCAAAUGGGAAUGACAUUAUUUACCAUUUCUUUCAAAACAUUCAAAAGCAUCAAUUUCUCUUGUUCUUAUGUAUAUGUUAGUGUGUGAUCAUAUACUACAAAAAUUUCAGUCUAUAUUUUGUAUUUCGUUAAUAGUGAUUUUUUAGGUAAUUAUGUUUUUGUCAAUAGUGUUCCUACAAAGAAUUCAGAAAGCUCCAAUUUGUCUUUUUAUUGUGUA